CCCAGAUUAUUGAAUUAUAAAAAUGUUUGCAGAUAUUUGUUUGUUAAGUGAGUAACUGAUUGAUUCAACCAGAGCAGACCCAAUGCACACUAACGUUUGUCCACAUCCUUUCGGCUACAAAUUGAAGUUUCUCCCCCCUUUUUUUUUUUUUUUUUUAGUUCAGUUUCAGGCGCAGGGACGUGUUUAUUUGACACAUGUAAUUGAAGAACUUCAAUACCCACAAUGCCCUUGCUGAAAGGUUGACUAAUCGAGCAGAGAGCCACCGCUCCGCUCUGCCUCCUCGCCCACUCUCACCGGCCACUUUUCUCCCCACAGUCGCAUCCUGACUGCGAGCUCCAGCGCUACCGUUAGCUAGCUAAUAAGGGAGUAGCAAGCCCUCCUUACUGAGGAAAUUCAGUUUUUAUACCUCAGCGUUAUGUCAUUCUGCUGAGUAUUUCGUUUGGGAAAAUGAAUAUGCGAUUCUUCUGCAGCAACACGCCUCCUAGUAAACAGAAUUCCCUCCGUAAAGUGCGCUUUUUCACUUCGACCUCGGUAGCUGAGCGGGUUUAGCAGUCAGUGCGUUUGGACAAGAGAGUGGCUCAUCUGUCCGCCGCUGCUGCUCUGUGACGGGGCGGGGGGCAUCUGGACAAAGCCAGUCAGAUGUUGGACGGUAGAAAUAUCCUUUUUUUUUUUUUUACACCGGGUUGUGAAAUUGAAUUAUCAAGCUGAUUAUCUGUCGUAAAAGUGCCCGGAAUAAAGGGAGGAGUAAGGUCUAUUUUUGGAGGGCGAGAGUUUGGAUCUCGCACCGAAGGAAGGGGUAGGGGGUGUGCGGAGGAGGAGGACCCGCAGAGAAGAAGGGACGUAGGGGGGAGAAAAUCCUGAUGCCAGUGAUGGCAAACGAGCCGAUCAUCCUAAACGUCUAUGAUAUGUACUGGAUCAAUGAGUUUACCAGCUCUUUGGGUAUCGGAGUCUUUCACUCAGGGAUUGAGAUCUAUGGAAGAGAGUUUGCCUAUGGCGGACACCCGUACCCAUUCUCAGGGAUCUUUGAGAUUACACCAGGUGAUGCAACCGAACUUGGCGAGACCUUUAAGUUCAAAGAAGCCAUAGUCAUAGGCAGCACAGACUUCACAGAGGAGGAUGUGGAGCGGAUCGUGGAGGAGAUGGGGAAGGAGUACAAAGGCAACGCCUACCACCUCAUGCACAAGAAUUGCAACCACUUCUCCUCAGCACUGUCAGAGAUCCUGUGUGGCAGGGAGAUCCCUCGCUGGGUCAACCGCCUGGCCUACUUCAGCUCCUGCGUGCCAUUCCUCCAGAGCUGCCUGCCCAAAGAGUGGCUGACCCCGGCUGCCUUACAGUCCAGCGUCAGCCAGGAGCUCCACGGAGGAGGGGAGCUGGAGGAGGCCGAGGACGCCGCUGCAACAGCCUCCCUGGCAUCCAUGUCGCCCUGCUCCCCAUCCUCCUCCUCCAGCCCUUCCUCCUUGCCUCGCCAUUCCCGACACCAGCCCCGCCGGUAGAAGCUGCAUGCUCUGUUGGGAAACUUGGGGCUGGCGUUGUGGUCUCCAGAGACUGUCAGGGACCGGAAUACCUGCAGCAGCUGACGAGUCCAGUCAGACUGGCCUCGAGCAAGGCACUGGACUGCUAGCUGCUCUCAGUGAGAAUGUCAGCCAAAUCUCUGCAGUGAUUUAGAGCGGUGGAAGGGUUUUUCCUCGCAGGGGGAACGAACUCUUGUUGCUGACAAAGGCAGGACCAUCUCUCAGUGAACACGGCUGAUGGAUUCUAACAUCCCAUCCAAACCUCAAAUGUCUUUUAUUAUUUUUUAUUAUUUUACCAGCCAACUUGCAGCGCAGAAUGGAAGCAACGCCAGCUGUGUUUCAUAAUUUAGGAAAAAUUGACCAGCCACGCCCAGAUACUACCAGCAGUUAGUCAGUGGACGGUGCUAAUACCCACCUUUUUUUGUAGCGGAAACCAGGGGAUGCUGAAAAAGAAGCGUGGUUUGACUCAGUUUAUAAUCAUGAGGCCAAGCUGAAUGAGUGACCUUUAAUAACCUGAUUUGGCAGAUUAGAUAUCGAGUAAUCCUGAUCGUGUUUCCAAUUUGACCAUCCAACAGGCACUUGUGAUGGAGUAUACUUGUACUUUUAGAGGUUACCAGUUGCAAAUAUUUCUGUUACCUGAAGAAAAGUAUUAUUAUUUCUGACUUUUCUCUAAUUUUUGCUCUGUUUUCUCUAAAUACGGGACUGAUUUACCUCUUCAGGCUAGCAGGUUUGUUCAAAAAACACUGUUUGUGUCUGAAACCUACUCAACUCUACUGCUAGCAACAUUAGCAUUGUAGUUGUUUGUUGUUUUUCUGCUGUAAUGUGAAUACGCCUUAAUGGGUCUUCAUAUAUUUAUAUAGCGGAUGUUAAAGCUGUGUUGGUCUCAACACCCAGCUAAUCCUGAACAUCUGCAGUCUGACGCCAUCUGAAGAGAAACAGAUUCAAACAUUUCUGGACUGGAACUUUUGAUUGUUAUUAUAGUAUAAAUUACCACAAGGCAAAAGCAGGUAUUAUUUGAUCUGUGGCUGUUUAAAUUUUUAAAUAUGUUGUAAAUAUUUGGCUGGUAAAAUUUUAAGAAACAGCAGGUAGAGUUUGGAGCCUAUACACUUCACUUGCCUCAAAUCGCUGUGUGUGCAUCCGGACCUCAGCCUUUUUGUUAUUUUUCUCUCACAGCAGGCUGGACUAGCCUCACUCUCCUCAAACGUCACAUAGACACGAAUAAACUGAUCCAGCACCAGUGUCUAAAUGGCUGAAAAUAAUUUCAAAAAUCAUAAGAUGGGUUCAGUUCCAGGUAGUUUUUGCUUCCCAUGUCAGUUUUUUGUCCCUUUAUGUUAAAUCAGCCGUUGUCAGAUAUCUGUAGCAGCUCUUUAAAUCCAUCAUGGAUAACCCACUUGUGAUUUGAGGAAGACUGAACCCAAUGAAGCUGAUUUUUUAAAUGUGUCAGCCUGUAAUGUAAUGCAAAUACAAAAGUUAUUUCUUCACCAAUAACGUAAUAUUGUUAGUAAUUUAAGGAUUAGGUUACACGUCAGGCAGUGAUUUAUAGGUUAGUGAAGAUUGUUUUUGUUACCAGAAGGUUUUGGGUUUAAUUCGCAGAGUAAAAGAAAGUGAAGUCUUUCUCAGUAGCAACUGCCAAGGUGCCUUUUGAGCAAGGUACUUAACCCACAAGUGUUCCAGUGGCCAACAGUAGAAGGCUGUGGUUGUACUGGACUGCUCACAGUUGUCAGUGUCUCUUCAUCUGUUAGCGUAAGGCAAAAUGUUUCGUCUUCACCCGAGUAAUUCAAGGUUCAAGUUUACAUUAAGGACAUGGUGUCAGCAUGAUGUAAUCUAAUCUGAACAAGGCUCUAGAAGCAAAGGAAGGGAAUUUGAAUUUGAGGAAGAGUGUGUCUUAAAUGGGAACUGAAACCGUUGUUAACUGACCCGCCAUCCGCCUGCACUCCUGACAGUCCUUUUCCUCACAUCUGUGUCCAGUUAGGGAUGAAGCACAUUGGUGUUAAUUCAGAGCAUCACAAACAUAUUUUAUAGUUUUAUUUAUCAAGAGAUUAUGCUUUCACUUUUUGUGUCAGAAAAACCCCACUGAAAUCAUCAAGUACUAUCAUUUACUUGGACAAGUUCUUAAACUUCUUCAAUCACCUUAAAAAUGUGUAAAGUAUAGUUUCACGCUUUACAUGAAGAUGCUGCUCAUUUGAAGCGCUAUACAUGCUGUCAACAACAACACAUAUGCUGCAUAAUGUGUAUUGUCCCGAACAAGAGCCAUGGAUGUGUGGAAAACGUAUUUCUCAAUCAGUUUUGCCUGUUGUGCUGGAAAUCUGAUAACAAGCAGGAAAAAUUGUCAAUUUUUUUGUUUGUUUUGUUUAUUCUUUAAUGUAUUUCUAUGAUAUAUGGACUCUGGCCUUUUUGUCUGUUUUGUUUAUGUUUGAUAAACUCAGGACUCCAAAAGGCUUUGUAAUAUAAUCCUUUUAACUUUUUUAUCCCACAUUUUUGCGUUAAUGUUGCUUUUUCUAAUGCAGUAGUCACUCAAUAGAGCUUUUCAAGAACGCACUGUGGCAGUGCAGUUUUAUACUUCUCUCUUUGAUAAAAAAAAGAGCUUUUGUUUACAACCUGGAUGUUUGUAUGUGAGCCUGUGCUGCUCUCCUGUCUGUGCAUGAAUGUGUGAGUGUGUAUGCACACUUGUAUUAUAAAUGGUUAGUAUCAACAAUCUGCCAACUGGGCCAAAUUUCCCUGCAUCAGACACAGAUAUUCUUCAGAAGAGGUCCAUCUUAACAAAUGUAGCAAAUGUGUUUUUUUUGUUGUUGUUUUUU